CUUUGAUUGCACCUGCCUCUCAGGAAGAAAUGGCCAAACCAAAGGCCCCGAUCGGCGUACGCUUCUUUGGAGGCUACGUGAGCGGUGCAGUGUCUUCAAGUUCCUAGGCCUCUAAUCACCAAGGUUUUGGUGAAAGUAAAGCUUCAUCCACCUUUCCCGGGUGUUAAAAAUUGUCUGUAUUCGCUCUAUUUUUUUUUUUUCCAUACAAAGAAGCUAGUGUGGAGGAGAUGCCUUGUGGAAAAGCAGGAAACCCUGAGGAAGCCAAAAGCAGUAUCGCCUACCCGUCAAGUCAGGAGCCAGUGCAGGAACCAGGGGAAGAGCAUCCACCCCCCAUUGUGGACACUGGACUGGCUACUUCUGGAAGACCAUGUGAAGCAGAAAACAAUGUGGAUGAGCCGCGUCCAUCGGGAGACUGUAAGAAAUUGAAGAGCAGCGUCUCUCACUCAAGUGGGGGCUGCUGUGGAGGCAGCCGCCCUUCAAGCCCGGACAACCAGGCUGACUCUGCUUCAGACCGCUUCAGUGUGGAAUAUGACGUGGAUUCCUUGGAUUCUGAGGACUUCGCCAUUAAUCCGCAACGGGAGGAGCUGACCUUGGAGGGCGCGUGUGCGGAGGGGGACCCUGCCCAGCCGCAGCAGCCCAGCAGCAGUGGGAUCGACUGGGAGCCCGGUCCUUCCCACGCUCAGACAGGUGGAAGACCGGCUCAGGGGAGCAACCCCCAAGAGCCCCCUGAGCAGGCCGUGCUGGCACCCUGCUCCCAGGGCGCCUCCGGGGACUCUCCUCCCGCCCCGUUCCAGGUAGGCACCAGGCACAGUAUGAAUUUCCAGGAGCCUUGCAUCCUCUGUCUGAGCGAACCCAAGGAUUGCUGCAUGGUGCACGGUGUCACCGGCCACGUGGUAACCUGCUUCAUGUGUGCCUCCAAGCUGCGGCAACGCCGUAAGCCCUGCCCCGUGUGCCGAUUGCCCAUCGACCAUAUCAUUUUCAUCUACUUGCUCUAGACACCCCCCACCACCACCACCCCAGGCUCAGGCCUUCCCAAGGGCUGGGCCCAGCUUCCAUUUGGUCCCCUUUGUCCCAAGAAAAAAUUAGGUUAGUCCCUUAUAGUGCUUUGUUUAU